GGGAUGAUGGUGGUGGCGGGGGUGAUGGUGGUGGCGGGGAGGGGGUUGGCAACAAGGGAUGGCUGCGUGGUAACGCAAAGGUACCAAAGCAGAUUCCUGCUACCGAGGAGCAGAAGUGGCUCAUCGAGCCCACGGGGAAAGACAACUGGAUAUAUCCUAAAGGGGCCCGUAUUCCCAACGGCCUCAUCACCGUCUUGCUGAAGGUAUACUGGCCGGGGCUGUACUGUCCGGAUCCAGUCAGGCACCCAGACCGCCUGGUUUUGGCCACGUGCUAGGACCACUAGGUAGCGGCCCCCCACGCGGACUAUGAGACCCAUGCUAAGGCCGUGAUCACUAACUUUUGGAAAUACUAUCGAGUUCUUCCGGAGCACAAGGCCAUUGCCGACCAGAUCGUGCUUUGCCAAGCCAAGAGUAAGGCCCGCCAGAUGCAGUACGAGGUGCGUUGGGUGGCCAUCUCGACAUACUAUCACGACGCUCUUGGUGUGAAGAUGACCAAGGAAGAAGCGCGGAGGACAGACAUUACCUUGCAGAGGCACCAGUACUUGGCGGUGUGUCCAAAUUGGUGUUAUGGAAAAGACGAGUCCUGGGCAGCAUUGGUGGAUCUGUGGUGUGAUAACGAUGGAGCUUGGGCGGCUACGAGCAUUAGAAACAAGGCUAACAGAGGCAGGGAGGGAAUACAUGCUCAGGGAAACCGAAACCACUUUCUUCACAAGACACUUGAGGAGGAGAAACUGAAGCGGCCGCUCUUACACAUGGAGGCGUGGGAGAUCGCCCAUACACGAAAGAAGCCCAAGCCUGGCGAGGCCAAGUACUACGGCAAGACCGCGGAGUAUAAGAAGGCCUACUCUGAGGGGUAUCUGAGUUUACAUCCUGACACACCUGACCCCAUUGCGGCGGAUCUGGACGAGAGGGUGGUGGUGAGCAUGGGGAAGAAGCACGGUCGGUCGCCGUUUCUGGAUGCUGUGAUCACUCCUUCUAUCUCCUACACACAGCUCCGAGCUACCAACCCGAGCCUGUGCCAGCGCACGAGCACGUCCAUGACCAGUGCGCAGUCACAGUCCCUCAUUGCUGAGCGGAACUCUGCCUACUUGGAGUACACACGUCAGGAGACCAUGACGUGGCACGAGAGCCUUCAUGCAUACCAUCGGCAGAGGGAUCGCACGUUGCAACACUUCCUUGAGGAAAUGGCGGCCGGCAGGGUUCCUCAAUUGCAACUAGCACCAUCUUCUCCACCACAACCAGUGCUUCUUACUUUUGAGGAGUUUCUGACACAGAACCCUGGCCCCUCGCCAGGAACUGGUGGAUCUACCGUUGGUGGUGGUGCUGGUCUUGGCAUCACUCCCGAGUCACGGAGCCCGGUCACUCCUAUCCACGGAGGCGGCGGCGGUCUUGGCGGUAGCGCUGCCGCUAGCAGUGAUGACCUAGGCUUCAACGGACUUGGCGGUGAUGACCUUGGCGGUGGUGGUGGAUGUCCUAGCGCUUAA